AUGCCAGCUGAGAGAUUGAUCGAGAGCAAAGCUCAGAAGGCCUGCCGCCACUGCCGUCUCCACAAGCGGAGAUGUGACAAGCGACUGCCUAAGUGUUCGCGAUGUUCAGCAAAACUAAUCAGAUGCGACUAUGACGAUGACACGCCGAUUGAAGCGGCGGAACCAGAUACCAAGCUCAAGUGGAGCGAGCCCCUAGCCAUCAGACGAGACUCUUGCGGCCUCGAACUGACCCCGGCGGGCGAGAAGCAGCUCCUAUGGACAGCUUGCCAAAUCCAAGAGCCACAUUAUGCUCAAGUCGAUUCCAAGGGAUUGAUGAGCUUAGUCAAGGACAUCUUCACCUAUGGCGGCACUUCCGUGGAGCAAGUCUCAACUAGAUACUUUGCCACAGCCCACGAUUGGAUACCCGUCGUGGACGAAUCAAAAACCAAGUUUAAUCUUCGAAUUAUGCAGAACAAUCCAGAUGUCUACUACAACCCCCUGGCGUUGUUGUUGUUAUGCAUGCUCCUGGUCAACCAGCAACCCUGCCGCCAUCCUAAUCACACCUCCAACAGCACGCUCUAUCGGACUACGAGGCGCCUAUUCGCACUCCUUAAUACACCUACCAGUGAUACAUUUUCACUUGCAAUACUGCAGGCCGGCCUGCUUCUAACUACAUAUGAGUGUGGACACGGGAUGGCCAGAGAGGCCAGCUCAACACUGGGAUCAUGCUUUGGCCUCAUCAGGCAAUUGGACAUGUCCGCCUCACAGAAGAAGGCCACGGAUAGGCAUUUUGACGACGCUCAAGAGUCCGCUCGAAAGCUGUGCUGGGGCGGUAUCGUCUUUUUAGAUCGAUCCAUCGUACUCUCUUGUGCAGACGGCACGGCCUCUCUGCUUAUUCCAACUAGCGGAAUCCUACCACAGGAUGCCGUUCCCUACAUGAAUAAAGAUAAAUACGCGUUCAUGAACACAACGGUCAAGUUCCGGACAAGAGCUUACUCAGCCCUCUUAAUCGGCGAAGUUAUAAAAGCCGUCCAUGGCGAUCCGGAGUCAGCAGAUUGCGUAGAGGCUGAGAAGCUGCUCCACGACCUUGUCCGGCAGCAUGCAGCGACCUCCCAAGGGGAGUCAUAUCCAGUGUGCGAAGGUGUGACCAUGGCUCUAAGUGCUGUCGUAUCAGCCUACAAGAAGAGGGCAAAACGCCUAGGGACCGGUUCCGGCGACGCAAAGCUCAACCUCGACCUCAAAUUCGCCUAUAACAUAGUGUUCGAAAUGUGCCGAGUUGAGGGGCUUAUUAUGAGGAAAAGGGAUGGGUCCCUCAAUAGAAUGUGUUUUUCUGGGCUGGGCUGUCUCUACCGCGCGGCGGUAGACCUAGACGAGGCCUAUGUCAAGGGGGCCGCGCCCGAAGACUUCGAGCAGCUGCGGGAAAACCUGGAGUGGUUUUCGGGCCAUUGGCAUAUCGCGGAUGUUUUGCUACAGCGGCUGAAUCGGAACGCCGAGCUGAGGUCCAAGCAGGUUUUCCCUGGGUUUUGGUAG